AUGCCACUCCAGCCGCCAAAAUCUCCCGCGAAGGACCCCGCGGGGUUCGUUCCCCCUCCCGGCACGGGCAUCAUGCCCGGCAUCGCCGCGCUCACCACCGGCAGCGGCAAGCCCGUGCAGGUGUCGAGCCCCGCGGUGGCCAAGGCGCGGUGUCUGCUGAAGGAGAAGAGCCCGUCUACCCCCACGGCGGAGGCGGACCAUCUCGACCCUUUCGCCACGGUGCGCGCGUGCGAUUCCCCGCGCGUCACGCGAUCUGACGUUCCGCGAGCGCAGGCGACCACGCACGAACCCCCCGCGCCCGAGUCCGAGGAAGCAGCCGCGCAGAAAAGACGUCGACGAUAA